ACUUUUUGUAUGCCGUAACACAAACCUCUAGUUUGAAUUGUGCGGCAAUUUUCUUAUAAAUGCUUAACAGUUUCAGACGUAGAAAAAAGAGCGCAUGAUGGAUUUCUUCAUUGUGUGACGUGGUUGGCACGUAGGUAUCGCAUAUGCUCGCGAUACAAACGCACCUGCUCAAUCGUUCAGUGUGUAGGUUGUUGGUCUCGGUUUCGAAGAAAAUGAGCAAACCGCAAAUUGUUUUCGUCUUGGGUGGACCGGGUGCUGGUAAAGGAACACAAUGUUCUAAAAUAGUCGAGACUUUUGGAUACACACAUCUAUCUGCUGGUGACUUGCUUCGGGCAGAAAGAAAAAAUCCUUCAUCCAAAGUUGGUACAUUGAUCGAACGUUGCAUCAAAGAAGGAAAAAUAGUUCCAGUUAAAAUAACCUGUGGGUUAUUAAAAACGGCAAUAUUUGCCAACAAGAACACUAAGUUUCUUAUUGAUGGCUUUCCAAGAAAUAAAGACAACUUAGAUGGUUGGGAUGAAGAAAUGGGAGAUAAAGUUGAUGUUCAAUUUAUUCUUUAUCUGGACUGUCCAGAAGAGGUUUGCACAAAACGAAUUCUGAAUCGAGGUUUAACAAGUGGCAGGACAGAUGAUAAUGUUGAAAGUUUAAAAAAGAGAUUUCAAACUUAUGUGAAUGAAACUCUUCCUAUUAUCAAACAUUAUGAAAAAGAUGGAAAAGUUCGAUCUGUUGUGACAGAUUGUACACCUGAUGAGGUGUUUGAAAGAGUAAGAAAGCACUUCAGCUGAAACUUUAUUUUACCUUGUAGUCAUAUACGAUUCGUAAUCAUGAAUAUUAGUGGCUGGUCGUGUGGCAACAUAUAGGAUAUACUGUCCUGAAAUUAUUGCUAAUCUAGUCUUAUCCUAUUUACCAAUCCCAUGCAGUAUCAUCAUGUUUUAAAACUAUUUAUAUUAAUAAUUAUACCUAGUUUAUUAGAUGUUUUUAUACAAUUGAAUACAUAUUCAAAAAAAUAGAAAAGGUUUCUUUGAUUCUAGUUUUAAAACGAUCUAAAUUGUUUCAAUAAACCAACAACUUUGGACAGAA